AUGACAGCGGAUCAACACUCUACCCUCCUGGUUCCAGUGGUGGUCCAGGAGCAGACGCCUGAUGAUGAAGGCUGGGAGGCUGGAAGCCAGGAUGCCCUGACUUUGUCAUUGCUCAAGCCACCACCAAGGCGCAAAAUGGGACCAGGAUUCUCAGCCCUAUGCUACCAGUCGACGUCAUGUCUUGGCCGAGAGCCACCCAGUUUGCGGGAUUCUCUGCUGCCUUCCAUCGAUGACCCCUCCGCACUACGCUUGGGUCUUUUGAUGUGGAGCCUGAGAACUGCUAGGCGAUGGAUAGGCAGCCAAGACGAUAUACGAUCACUACAGACGAUUUCGUCUGUUUACGUCUUCCGUCGAGCUAUCUACACGAUAUGCCGGGUUGCUUAA